AUGGCGGUAAAUGCUCGCAUCAAAACGAAGGACGAGUUCCAACUGGGGUCCGAGCAUGGACCGCCGCUCGUGUAUCUGGAUCUGAGUGUGGGUGAUCAGCCACCGCACCGUCUGCAUAUUGAGCUCUUCCACGAUGAACUUCCCAUCACAACCGAAAACUUUCGUCUGCUAUGCACAGGCGAGCUGCGAGGCAAAGGAAAAGUGAAGGCGCUGUGGUACAAGAAUACACGCUUUCACCGCGUUAUCCCCGGAUUUAUGAUGCAGGGUGGAGACAUCACCCACGGAAACGGAGCCGGAGGCGCGGCUGCAUUGGGGACGAUGUUCGACGACGAGCACCAGGUGGGAGCAGUGGCCAUGGCACACCAGAACUCGAGCAACCGCUCGCAAUUUUUCAUCUGCUUUGGCAGGCUCAGCUGGCUGGACGGCAAGCACGUGGUGUUCGGGCAGGUGUUGCGCGACGACCUGUCUCAUUUAGAUGUGUUCGAACUCGGCGGCUCUGCAUCGGGCCGCCCUGUCAGCCCCAUCGUGGUCACAGAUGCCGGCCAGGUCGGCGGCGUGGGGUUCACACCGGGGGUUCCGAAUAAAUAA